AUGGAGUCUGAAAAGCCUUACGUCUACCGCCCACAGGGCCAACACACGCACACCUUCAUCAUGUCACCUGGACGCGAGGGCACAGGCGGCUCCGAGUUCUGCGAGCAGCUGUUCUGGUCUGUCACCUCGCAGAUGAAGAGCUUACCCGAAACUUUCCUGAUUCCCGCUGGGAACGAUCUUGGUUUGAUAUUUGUUCCCUAA